GGGUCUGCGCUCGCCUUCCCGAGCGGCCGCGCGCCGGACUUUUGCUCGCGCCGCCGCCGAGCCCCCCGCGCCGUGCCAUUGUGUGGGUCCUUUCCUCUGCCUCCGUCUGCGAAAUAUGGCCAAGGUUCAGGUGAACAACGUCGUGGUGCUGGACAACCCGUCUCCCUUCUACAACCCGUUCCAGUUCGAGAUCACCUUCGAGUGCAUCGAGGACCUGUCUGAAGACUUGGAGUGGAAAAUUAUCUAUGUGGGCUCUGCAGAAAGUGAAGAAUAUGAUCAAGUAUUAGACUCUGUGUUAGUGGGUCCUGUCCCUGCAGGAAGGCAUAUGUUUGUAUUUCAGGCUGAUGCGCCUAAUCCAGGACUCAUUCCAGAUGCAGAUGCAGUAGGUGUAACUGUUGUACUAAUUACAUGUACCUAUCGGGGUCAAGAAUUUAUUAGAGUUGGCUAUUAUGUAAAUAAUGAAUAUACCGAGACAGAGUUAAGAGAAAAUCCUCCAGUAAAACCAGACUUCUCCAAGCUUCAAAGAAAUAUUUUGGCAUCUAAUCCUAGAGUCACAAGAUUCCACAUUAAUUGGGAAGAUAACACAGAAAAACUGGAAGAUGCAGAGAGCAGUAAUCCAAAUCUACAAUCACUUCUUUCAACAGAUGCAUUACCUUCAGCAUCAAAGGGUUGGUCCACAUCAGAAAACUCACUAAAUGUUAUGUUAGAAUCCCACAUGGACUGCAUGUGACCAACUGUCAUCCCUUAGUACCAAUUAAGCUAUAAUACACAGAACUAUUUCCCUGAAUUUCCGUAAGUAUACAGCCAAGAUACAAUGUGAAGAAUUUGUUUUAAAAACAUUCUGUAGAAAGUUUAUAAGAAACCAGUAUUUGAGCAAAUUGUGAAAUAUAAAUACAACUAUUUUUAAGUAA